AUUUUCAGCUCCACCAAAGGCUGGAAAUAAAAAAUCCAGAAGGGAUAUAAAAUAAGUCAUCAUUCUUUUAACACUUUUGCACAAGCCAACAUCUAUUUCGAUCAUGUUCUAAUUUUUCCAAAUUAGUGUUUCUAACUGCUAAUAUAAAAAAUAAUGUAACCACUUGGAUUUAACACUGCAUAAAUUAAAUUUAAGUUAUUACCAUAACAUGUAUCAAACAAAAAUCUGGGCAAAUCAUGGGUCACAUGAGUAAAAUAUCCCGGGCUGCCAUUGGCUGCAGAGUUUCUUUGAUCUGAAACCAGAAAUUUGCAGGCAGCUAUAAUCACUCUCUAAUUGUCCCCAGGCUUAAAGAAGCUACAAUUACUUGGACCUCAUCAUAUAGAGCAAGUUUCAAAUGUGCAUAUUUAAGUAGUGGGCAUAUAGAGCUUUACUUAUGAUCUACUUAUUUGCUAAAUAUUUCUCCCAACAAUAGCACCAACUACAUGGCAGAACCACAACCUGAUUCUACCCAUUAAUAUAGAACUGGACUGCAAGCAAAUCACUCUCAAUUGCAGGGGAAUUCUGCAGAAGAUUAUCUGCCAACAAUUUUUGUAUAGCAGCUGUAAUGCUUCUUUCAGAACAUGAUAAACUGAUUGACAUCUAACAACGUAGCGAUUGAAGUGUUUGACAGCUGUAGUGCACAAACAUGGGGAUGGAAUGAAGCACAAACUUGAUCUAGCUUAGAUGGAGCAUCCUGGUUGACAUGGAUGAGUUGGGCUAGAGGGCCUGUUUCCAUGCUGCACAACUCUGUCACCUUCUCCCUCCUCUGCAACCCUGCCCCUCACUCUUUCAGAAAGCCACCAGAUCUGGAUCUUUUGUUUUUGUAAGCAUUGUAAACAUGGGUAGACCAUUGAUAGACAAAAAGCUGGAGUAACUCAGCGGGUCAGACUGCAUCUCUGGAGAAAAGGAAUGGGUGAUGUUUCGGGUGGAGACCCUUCUUCAGACCAUUAAAUAUACAAAAAUACUAGAUAGGAUUAACUCUUGAAAACCUGACAAAAAUUACAAGUACAAUGCAAUUAUAAUAAUUUAGUUGUUGUCAUCCUCUGGGCUGGAAUACACUCUGGGCCCUUGUUGUCCAUCGGUGCCAAAUUUGGGCUAAACAGUGAGCAUUUAUCAAGUGCAUUUCAUGCGAGAUCUAAACAUUAAUUCCAUGGAUGAAAGGUUGCAUAAUCUAAUUGUUGGCACUGCAGAGGUGCCAAGUCUGUAAUUCUGCACCAGCUUGGAGAGAAAAAAAAAGAAAAAAAAAGAGUGUUCACUUGACAAGGAUUUCAUGGUGAAUUGACCCAGAUCUGGCAGCUUCCCUCUUGGGAAUCUUGGGCCCGUUUAGCCCUGUGUGGGGGUGACAGCGAGACUUUUACACAAUAUUCACCUGCAGAAGAAAGGGUGCCCGAUUUGUGACGUCUUCCAUCGCCUUUAACACACAUCGCCUUGUCUCCUUUUGAUGGAUUUUAUUUGAGGAAAAGGGGUGAAUUAAAAAACAAAUUAUCCGUUGUAAAGGUCCCCCAAAAUGGGUAAGGACAUAUCAACGGUAUUCAGAGGAGUUUAGCUCUUUAAAUUAUACCUCAUAACUUCCCCCAUCCCGCUCAAUUCUGAAGCCAAUGAGCUGUGCCAUGGCAACGCACUAUAAACAUACCGCAGUUUGGUGUUUAGCAUCAGCCGGGCAGGCAGCCGUCUUCAAGAAAAACUAUCGUUGUGUGAAGGAUGCAGAAAACGGGGAUUAAUGCAUGCAUCCCGUGUUGAUCGGCGACCAUCGUUUAAGAAAGUAUAGCUUGGCCUGAAAAAUGAAAGAUGAAGAAACCGAAGAAGACGAAGAAGAAUAGUAAGACGGAGAAGAACAAAAAUGUUUCAGUCACUGUUCAAAAAUUUCUGAAAACUUACGAACGGCACUGUGCUCAGUCAUCCAGUGCAGUCUGCUCAAUGCUCGCACAUCACCUGCAGAAAUGUAUUGAAAAUGAAGAAAUACCCACAAAGUUGAUGCUUGCAAGGCUUGAGACGAGUACAGAUCCCCUGCUACCAGUCAAUCUGAAACCAUUGCUAAUGACAGUCCGAGAUGAGCGCUACAUGUAUGGAAAGGAGCUGUGUGUCUGGCACGUUGCUCUUAGCAAUGAGGACAUUGCAAAUUUAGCAAUAAUUCUAGAACUCCGUGGACGGACAAAGUAUCCAUUUACUAAAGUUGAACUGUUGGAUUGUGGAAUCGAUACCUGGUCAAUUGAAAGGCUUGGGAAAUCUCUCAAUGUCAGUGUGCUGACUUGCAUUGUUCUGGAUUAUAAUGAAUUUGACGAUGGAGGCCUCAAAGGAUUGUGCCAUGGACUAAUGGGAAAUGGUCAGCUGUUAACACUAAGCUUAUGUUACUGUAACCUGGGACCGCCAAGUGGAUCUUACUUGGGAGACCUGGUUGCCAAAACUGCCAUUAAAGAUUUGCUGCUGGAUGGCAACAAUUUGCAGUGUGAGGGAGCUGGUGAACUUAUCAAGUUUAUAGGCAAUUAUGCCGAACACAUGGUUAAGAGGAAAUCUGGGCCACCUUCCGAUAUUGAAGGGAAAGCGUCAAAACCCUUUUUGGAAGAGAACGCAGGACACAAUAUUCCUAUUGAUGGUGUGGAAAACAUGAGCAGUAGCAUUCCUGGAUUCAUGAAGAAAAAGAAAGGGAGGAAAAAAAAGGAACUUCCACAGAUAGGACCUUGGUUGUCCAAACUACACCUGGCAGAUAAUGGCAUAGAUGGAAGAGGCAAUGAAGGCAUAAUGGGUGCAAUGACGUUUGUUGAAAUGUUGUGCCAAUUGAUACAGUUUUCAGAUCAUUUGACGGAACUGCGUUUAGAUGGUAACUGCUUAGGUGAGCUGAGUGGCAAAAUGAUACUCGAUGCCUUAAGAGAAAGGAAAGAAGCAAAACUCCCUGAUUUGAAAAUUGAUGUUUCGGCCCAAAUGAAUGCAGAUACUUUCAGCAACAUUUUGAAGAAUGCCAAAAAGCACAAGAAAACUAAAAGAAAUAAGAAGGUAAACCAGCAGUUACAGAAAAUCAAAAACAAAGUUGCAAAUGUUGGAAAUCUGAAUAACAACCAGAAAUACAUAAAAUUAUGGAGAUAGUAAACAGAUCAGGCAGCAUCUGUGGAGGGAGAAACAAGUCUGUUCUCUCCCUAGAACUUCCCUAAACUUCUUUCGGCCCAACUCAUCCAUGCCGACCAAGAUGCCCAUCUAAGCUAGUCUCAUUCAGUGCAUUUGGCCUAGAAACAUUUCAGAUCCAUGCACCUGUCCGUGUCUUUUAACUAUUGUUGUACCUGCACCAUCAAGCCAAUUAUUUCUUCAAUUAGUUAGCUCUCCAUGGAUUCCAUGGGAUCUAACCUUCCCGACUAGCCUACCAUGUGGGACCUUGUCAAAGGCCUCGUAAAAGUCUGUAUAGACAACAUCCACCAUCCUGCUCUUGUAAAUCCUCUUGGUUACCUCUUUAAAAAUCUCCAGCAGAUUUUGGAGUCACUAUUUCCCACGUACAAAGUCAUGUGACUAUCGCUAAUCAUCCUUGCCCAUCCCAACGCUGGUAGAUCCAGUCCCUCCAGUAACUAAACACCGAUCUCAGUUUAAGAGUGUAGUUAAUCACCAUUUCCUCAAUUAAGGAUGAGUAACAAAUACUGGCCUUGCAACAAUAUCCUCAUCUUGUGAAGGAAUGUAUUAAGGAAUGUAUUAAAACAUACAAAAAAAAACUCAAGAGGUUGUCUAGAGUGCAGCAGUGGUUAGUUUCAUGGGCCUGCAAAAUGUCAUGGAGUGGGUGAGAGCUCCCUGGACUGUGGUUAGGUGUGGUACCUGUUACUGCCACAAAUCCCUUUUUGCUGUGAGGAUCACCACAUCCCUAAAAUGAUCUUGCACCACUACUUUAUGGUGUACCCAGAUCUAUCUAAGAAUUGAGAAAUAGGAGCAGGUGUAGGUCAAGCACCCCUUACUGUUCACUAAAAUCGGAGCUGAUUAUCACCAGUUCUAUUCUGAUUCCUCUGCAGGUGAAAAGAUGUUUACCUAAUGUUCUACUCGCCUUUAUCAUUUAGCAUUGUGAUUUUGUUGUUACAUAUUUCAAAUUGAAUCAGUUCCCCCUUUAGCCACUGUUUUAUCUUUUU